CAUCCUGGAUGCUGCUCCCGAAGAUGGAGCCUGUGCGGAUGAACACACCCAAACCCACAAGGAGCGUGCUUGCCGUGAUGUUCCCACCCAGCACCAGCCCUCCCGCGAGAUUUCCAGCCUCCGUGUGCGCAGCAGGCAGCGCUGGCAGGAUCGGGGGCCGUGCGAGCGCCGGGGCUGGCGGCAGCAGCAUGCGUGCGGCCACCGAGGCUCAGGGCGCCGCGACCACGUAAGGUUGAGCCUUCCCCUCCUCGCCUCCCUCCGCAUUCCCCCGGCUGAAGCUUCCCUCUCCCGCACGGUCCGGGCUUCUCCGGCGGAGCUCGGCAGCGACAGCCGCAUGCAUGACACUCCGAAAAGGAGAGAAAAUGACCAUAAGUAUCCAGGAGCACAUGGCCAUUGACGUCUGCCCCGGCCCCAUCAAACCCAUCAAGCAGAUCUCCGACUACUUCCCCCGCUUCCCCCGCGGGCUCCCCGCCGCCGUCGGCCGCAGCGGCAGCGCCCUGCGCCCCGCUCUCAGCCAGCCCUCGGUCAGCCCCGCCGAGGCGCCCCGAGACGACGAUGAGGACGUGGACCAGCUCUUCGGAGCCCACGGAACGACGCCCGCCGAGCAGCCGGCCAAGAGCCAAGCGCCCGAGGAGGCGGUGGACCCCGAGGGCUACGAGUCCGACGAUUGCACCGCGCUGGGGACGCUGGAUUUCAGCCUGCUCUACGACCAGGAGAACAACGCUCUCCACUGCACCAUCAACAAAGCCAAGCUGCCAAAACUUGACUACAGAAAGGGCCUGAAGCCGAUGGACCACAACGGUUUGGCCGAUCCUUACGUCAAGUUGCACUUGCUCCCCGGAGCCAGUAAGGCAAACAAGCUGAGGACCAAAACGCUGCGCAACACCCUGAACCCCACGUGGAACGAGACCCUCACCUACUACGGCAUCACCGACGAGGACAUGAUCCGCAAGACGCUGCGGAUCUCGGUGUGCGACGAGGACAAGUUCCGCCACAACGAGUUCAUCGGGGAGACGCGCAUCCCGCUGAAGAAGCUGAAGCCCAACCAGACCAAAAACUUCAACAUCUGCCUGGAGAAGCAGCUGCCGAUAGAUAAAACAGAGGACAAGUCGCUGGAGGAGCGCGGCAGGAUCCUCAUCUCCCUCAAGUACGUCUCGCAGAAGCAGGGGCUGCAGGUGGGCAUCAUGCGCUGCGCCCACCUGGCCGCCAUGGACGCCAACGGCUACUCCGACCCCUACGUCAAAAUUUACUUGAAACCAGAUGAGGACAAGAAAUCCAAGCACAAGACAGCGGUGAAGAAGAAGACGCUGAACCCCGAGUUCAAUGAGGAGUUUUUCUAUGAGAUAAAGCAUGGUGACCUGGCAAAGAAGACCUUGGAAGUCACAGUGUGGGACUAUGAUAUUGGGAAAUCCAACGAUUUCAUAGGCGGAGUCGUGUUAGGAAUUAAUGCCAAAGGGGAGCGGCUGAAGCACUGGUUCGACUGCCUGAAAAACAAGGACAAGAAAAUCGAGCGCUGGCACACGCUGACCAACGAGCUGCCGGGCGCCGUCCUCAGCGACUGAGCCCCACGGGGCCACAGCUCCACGGCCUUCGGGCUCCUCCCAGCUCCGGAUACGGGGGAUCCCGGGACAGCCGGGGCAGCGAGACGCCCCGGAGCAGGGCCUGGCUGCAGGGAAGCCCUUCCCAGGGGAGAAGGCGCGGGCGGUUCGCUCUGGCAAGGCUUUUCCGGAAGGCCUCGGCGGCGCCCUGCCGCGCUCGCAGCCCCGCUCUCGCCCGCGCAGGUGCGCGCCCCUGCAUGCACCGCAGCCCGGCUCCUCUCCCGAAUCCUGGCUGUACUCUGUCGCCUUCCCGCUGCCUUGCAAGCCAGUGGCAA